GGAAUCAUCUUGUGACAUACUUACUAGUUCAUCUGCACCGCUCGCCAUAUCUUGCUCACGAGCGUGGUGAUGACAGAGGGGUUGCUAUGGAUACGGACCAUACUAGCUUUCUUUUCCGAUUUGUCUGUUAAUUAAAUGAAUAAAACAUUCUACCGAGGCGUUAAAUAACUGUUACGUGAUAACUUCUGUGAGCUUUACCUUUUGGGGUUGUUUGAACAAACGAUCUCUUUAAGAUUACGUAGCGCAGAGGAGGAGCUUAUUUGGCGCAACCUCCAGCCCGGGAAAUCGGCUCAUUCAAAAAAGCGCCAAGAAACUGGAGCAGAACCUCAGAGGCUUUUUUAAAAAAAAAAAUUGCAUUACAUCAGUCAACUCUCGUUUUGUCUCCUUGUUAGCGAAUAGUUGGUCUUUGCUCAGUUUAAUUGACCUCGUGCGUCGUCUAACUGUGAGGUCUCCGACAACAUGCCCGUCCUAGAAGAUACAACAGACGCUCCUGCAGUUUCUCCAUCGAAGAGGACGAGGACCGACACAAGGCCUGCAGACCAGAGAGCCGUCCUCCGGUUUGCCAAACUUUCGGAACAUGCCAGGACCCCAACCAGAGGCUCGACCAAAGCUGCAGGAUAUGACCUCUACAGUGCAUAUGAUUACUCCAUUGGUCCCAUGGACAAGGCCAUCGUGAAGACUGACAUCCAGAUCGCAGUUCCACACGGCUGCUAUGGGAGAGUGGCACCGAGAUCUGGACUGGCAGCGAAGCACUUCAUUGAUGUCGGCGCUGGAGUCGUGGAUGAAGACUAUCGAGGAAACGUGGGAGUUGUGCUCUUCAACUUCAGCAAGGACACGUUUGACGUGAAAAAAGGCGACCGGGUUGCUCAGCUGGUGUGUGAGAGGAUCUGCUACCCAGAUCUAGAGGAACAAGAGACUCUGGAUGAGACGGAGCGUGGGGCCGGAGGAUUCGGAUCAACUGGGCGUAACUAAAUCCACCAACCUCACAUGCACAUGUAUAUGUUGAAAAUAUAAAGAUUUUGUGCUAAUAAAUUUCUGUUUUUUUUUCUA